CUGACGGUUCACAGGUCAGGAAGGAAGAUGGCGGCAGGAGGAGCGAGCAGCGGGCAGCGCUGAUUCAGAUGUAGCAGGUCGCUAUUCCUCCACGUCUGACCCCUGUCCUCUAGACUUGUCUGCCCGGGGACACCGCCGCUCAUGGCGCUGCUGCACGGCUUCUUAUGGCGACUCCUGCUGGUGCUGGUCCACGUCAACAGGGCGCUCGUCUCCUGGCUCCGUGUCCGCCUCCGGAGCUUGAAGGGCCGCCUGUGGGAGCGGAUGGUGGCCGCUCUGCUGCUGCCGGUGGCGCUGGCCGGGUUCCCGGACCACCGGAGGAAGUUCAAUCGCAACCCCGGUGCUAACGCUAACUCGGUGACCGGUAACUGCGCCGCCAGUCGCCGGUCGCGGUGUCUGUCCGACGGCCGCUCUCUGGAGAAGCUGCCGGUGCACAUUGGCCUGCUGGUGGCGGAAGAGGAGCCCAGCUACACGGACAUAUCCAACCUGGUGGUGUGGUGCAUGGCCGUCGGCAUUUCCUAUGUCAGCGUCUACGACAAUCACGGUAUUUUUCGAAAGAACAACUCCCAUCUGCUGGAGGAGAUAAUGAGGAAGCAGCAGGAUCUGCUGGGUGUUGAUGGAUCCAAGCAUAACGUGGAGUUCCUGAGCAACGGCAGUGACAAACACCAGCACCAUGUGGUGUCCUGCAGGCCGACAGUGAAGGUGUUGUCUCCAGACGAUGGGAAGCAGAGCAUCGUCCAGGCAGCACAGCAGCUGUGUCGCUCUGUGGAGAACAAAGAGAGGAGCUCCAGAGACAUCAGUGUCACCAUGUUGGACAUCAUGCUCAGAGAGUCCAAGAACGUUCCCGACCCUGAGCUGGUGGUGAAGUUCGGUCCGGUGGACAGCACCCUGGGCUUCCUCCCCUGGCACAUCAGGCUGACUGAAUUCAUCUCGCUGCCCUCCCACAGAAACGUGUCCUACGAGGACUUGUUUGGCGCCCUGCAGCGGUACGGCGCCUGUCAACAGCGGCUGGGCCAGUGACGCUCCUUCAGAUGGGAAGAGUGUGGAUCCAUCUCCCGGAUCUCUAACAGACUGACGCGGCUCACGUCUUCUAACAGUUACAUUUACAUGAGGAGCAGUGUAACAUGCUCUCCAGGCCAACAGAAAACAGACUGUCUGCACACAAACACUGUGCGUCUGUCCUCUCCCAGCCUCAGGCCCCAGCUGCUGUUUACUGCGGGAAACCUCCAAAAUGACUUUCCUUCACUCGGCAGACAACAAAGAAGAAACCCGGCUUUGUGCCCGUCCUCGUGAGGCAUUCUGGUAAAUGCAGCUCAACUGCUACCACCGAAUGAACUGAGCAGCAGAGGUCGAGCGUAGGGACAGAGAGUUAAUCAUUUGUAAAUAUGAGAAAAUCAUGUGGGCACUGUGUUUAACUCUGUGUUCAUGUGCAUUGUCGAUGUUUGUUGGACUGACCAAGCUCUGAAAUAAAGAGAAGCUCGUCUGUC